GUUGUUGAAAAAUACAAAUAUCAUAUGGGACUGAGUUCACGAUAUCAUUCAGCCACGUGCCUACACUCAUUGUACGCUCCUUUGAUAAACACGUUUAGCCUUCAAACCUUCACCACUCUUCCUCCCUAUAUAAACCCUUCCGCCGUCAAUUUCCCUCAAAACUUAAUCAUCACAACAUAACCAAUAAACAAAACAAGCACCCUAGUAUAGUACACAUGGUGAAACCGGCCAUUACCAGAGUUGAUUCUUCUUCUUCUUCCUCUUCUUCUCCCACUUCUUGCAAUGACUCAUUCUCCACCAACAAUUCCAGUGCCGCCUGCAAGAUGUACAAAGGAGUGAGGAAGAGAAAAUGGGGGAAAUGGGUGUCUGAAAUUCGGCUUCCAAACAGCCGUGAGCGUAUAUGGUUGGGCUCUUACGACACGCAAGUGAAGGCAGCAAGAGCCUUUGAUGCUGCUCUCUAUUGCCUGCGUGGGAAGGGUGCCAGUUUCAACUUCCCCGACACGCCUCAUCGCUUCGAAAUGGAGUCGCUCAAGAUACCCUGCAGCCACCAAGAGAUCCAGGAGGUGGCGGCCAAGUUUGCGAACAAGGUGGUGGAGAUUUUGGCAGAAGAAGAAGAAGAUGGAGAAGUUGGAGUUCAGAGUGAGUCUAUGUCUGACCACACCACACACACAGAAAUAAACACGACCUUUCCUAUUUAUGAUGGUGGGACAAACAAUGAUGUUCGAGUGGACCAAGACACCAUGGAUUGGACAUUUAUGAACAUGUUGGAUGACUUGAAUGGCUCCGAUUUUGGCCUCUAUUUUGAAGCAGAGAAGGGUGAGUUUUUGUGCCCCACAACACACACUCCACUACUCUUUCACAAUGGAGAUGAGAUUGAAGUUGAUGAUCAUGAUCAUGAUGCUUUUUCUAACCACUCUUUUCUUUGGAGUUGGAACUUUUGAUUGAAUUCACCUCUUGCAACUCAUCACCACCAACAAACAAAGCCUCUCUAUCAUACUUUUUUUGUAGCCAUUUCUACGUGGCUGUUUUUAAUUAUAAUAGUUUGGCUGUGACUAUAUACAGUUA